CUGCUUCUUCUUCCUUCUACCAACACAUUUCUCUUUGCAUAACAGUUUGAUUGAAUUGUUUAGUUUAAAAAACUCAAUUAAAAUGUCGAAGGCAGCGGGAAAAUUAAAAUCGCUAAAGAAGACAGUAGAACGAGUCACGCACACGAGUAAACUGAAGACAAAUAUACCAGCGGGAAUGGCCGCUGCAGGCCCACCAUUGGGACCAAUGUUGGGACAGAGAGCUAUCAAUAUUGCCGCCUUUUGCAAGGACUUCAAUGCGAAGACCGCAGAAAUGAAAGAAGGCGUUCCGCUGCCUUGUAGGAUUUCCGUGAACAGCGACCGUAGCUACGAGUUGGUCAUCCAUCAUCCGCCUGCCACAUUUUUCCUAAAACAAGCUGCGGGAAUCCAAAGGGGCACCAUGACUCCUGGCAAGGAAGUCGCCGGCAUGAUCACUCUCAAGCAUUUGUAUGAGAUUGCUGCUAUUAAGAUUCAGGAUCCGCCCAAUGCCCUUCUCACCAUGCAGCAAAUGUGUGAGAUGCUUAUAAGCAUUGCCCGGACCUGCGGAAUAAAAGUGGUCAAGGAAAUAGAUCCAGCGGCCUACGGGGAGUUCCUAGAAGAACGCAAGACUAUUGUGGAGCAGCAACGGCGCGAGUUGCAGGAAAAGCGGGAAGCCAAGAUGUUGCGCACGGGCUAGGUUUGCUAGUGUACACAGCGCUUUUAAUUGUUAAAAAUACAUUUAUCCUUAAAGUGAAA